AUGCCAAGGCUAGAUGGAGGUGAUUGGUUGUUGGAAGAGGAGAAUCAGUCUGGGGCACAAGGCGACAAGAGAAGCAGGGCUCGUCGGUUGGUGGUGGAUUUGGUUGUGAGGUACCCGCCGUCUAUCUACUGCAUCUGGGAAUUGAACCUAAAGCACAAGGUGGAGUACUUAAAACGGGACAUGGGGCUCUCUAUAAUGGAGCUGUUCCUGUGGGUGGCGGUGUCGCCGGCUGUAGCUGAGGAGCUGCUGUUCAGAGGGCUGCUGUUGACAGCUCUGCAAGAGAGGCUCGGCAGCAUGGCCCUUGGGAUUGCCGCCGGCCUGCUUGCUGGUGCGAAUGGGCUAUGGUAA